AUGUCGUCAACAAAAACCUUUAUUUGCUUCAGCGCGCUCCCUCCAGAGCUGCGCUUCAAAAUAUGGACCGAGGCUCUCUUAGAGCCGGCCGUCUGGGCAGUCACGGCCGCCACCAACACCAGUGACCCUGACGGCCUCAUGACGUUCCUCGGCCCAGCGCGCCCCUACCUCGCAGGCCUCGCGUGCGCGGAAUCCCGACAACUGAUGAAGGAACUAUACGGCGCACCCCUCCACGGACCAGGACGCGGCAGCAAACGAGGAGGAGGAGGGGUCAACCUCGACACGACGGUCGUCUACCUCGACAGCCUCACGGUCUCCUCGACGCUGGCCCUCGACAGCUUCGCCCUGCCCGAGCUGCGGCGGUUCAGGCACGUCGCCCUGGAGCGCCGCAGGUUCUCGCGCCUCCUGUACAAGUGCCAGCACCUGGCGGCGGUGUGUCCUGCUCUCCGCACCAUCAUCGUCCAGCGGACCGACACGAACGGCACGGCGCUCCGUUCGCCGCUGGGGACUCCGAACCCCGAGUCGGCCGAUUUCUGCGCGUCCGUUAUAAAGUACACGGGGCCUGAGAUACUGCACGACCCGUGGGAUUCUCGUACGUUUCGGAGGACUCUGCUGGGGGACUUUUGCGAUCCCGUGCCCAAGUUGCAUGUGGUUUCUUCUUGCUGUGCGUACACCACUCAACAGUUUGGAUCUGCCGAGGGCGACGGCGCUGCGAAUUUAGAAAAAGUCUAG